AUGGCGGACACAGAAUUGAAGAAGGCUUUCCAAGAACUCCAAUUCCAAACCGGGGAAACCAAGACACUCAUUGCUCAAGGAGAAGUUAACAAGAAGAAUUAUGAACAGCAAAAAAGAAUGUCCGAGUUGACAUCGAAGGCCUUGUCGGAAAUCCCAACCAACUUGAACGUCUAUCAGAGCGUUGGAAGAAUGUUUGUUUUGAGCAGUAAGGAUAACGAGUUGAAAAGAUACUUGGAGGAGAGCAAGAAAUGCAGGUUUGAUCAGUUUUAA